GUUCACGUUGGGUCGGGGAUGCGCUAUUCACAUCACCGUGUAUAUAAUCACUAAAUCACCAUCCGUUGACUCACUCCGGUGAAUAGAUUAUCUCAUAAGAUUUUGCAGUUCCUGCUCGAUCGCCUCCGAUUUCCCCCCAAGUCCCAGCUCCGAUUUCAAGAUGAGUGGAGAAGAAGACACCAAGAACAGAGGAUUCGUUGUAGGUCACCAGCACCAUCCUCCUCCUCCUUCUCAGCCUCCCCAGUACGGUACCUUUCAAGGCGUCGCUAACUACCCGCCACCUCCGCCGCAGCCCGUCAUCGGCUUCCCUCAGCCGAUGCCACCUCCCGGCGCCGCUCACUCAUCCUCCCCCGGCGCCGCCUCCCAGUACUAUACUCAAGGCUACCAAACCGCCCCUGGAUAUGCCGUUGCUGAAGGAAGACCUGUGCGGGAGCGGCGACUCCCUUGCUGCGGUCUAGGUCUCGGCUGGGUCUUGUUCAUCAUUGGUUUCUUUCUUGGCGCCAUCCCCUGGUACCUUGGGCUCUUCGUUCUACUCUGUGCACAGAUAGAUCCCAGGGAGAAACCUGGAUACGUUGCUUGUACAAUUGCUGCUGUGGUUGCGACAGUUGCAAUCGUCUUUGGAGCCACAAAGGGUGCCGAUGUAUGGUGAUCAUCUGUGUGCUGCAUACAUUCUUCCUGGUGUGUUUCAGUAUCACGUGUGGCAGCAUCUCCCUUGGAGCAACUUUGGAACUUCUACCGGGUUUGUUGAAAACUAUAUAUUACCCUGCCUAGGACUGCACAUCACAAGUCUCAACUUCUUCGUACAAACUCCUUGCAAGUUGUAAUCUGUAUCGUCUUAUAUCCCUUUUCCGCCAUGUAUAUACGUCUCUAUGGCAUGCUUCCAAGUUAAGGUACAAAAAUAACAGUUCAAUUGUGUCUCAUCCUUCUCCCCCACCACGAAUUUUAUUUGAAUUACGAAGGACCCUAAGUUGGCCACCAUGGAUGCUGGCUCAAAUCAUGGUAACAAGUUAUUAACAGCAUACAGCUUGACCAGUAUCCUCACCAGCGCCCUACAAAUGCGGCACAACAUAUAACAAGAGAAGCAAAGCACAGAAACAAAAGCUGAUAAAUCAGCCAUGUCGUAUCAACAGCGGCGAAGGCCGUCCUGCUCUUGUCCCCACCCACGGACGCCAAACUGAAGCUCCGCAGCAGCUAUCAAGAACUCCACAGCCUGCUGCGGCGUCAACAGCUCCACCAGCUGCCUGACGGUCUUCAACCUCAGAUCGUCCGCCUUCCUCAGAAUCCCCACCAGCUUGCUCACCUUCCUCUCCACAUCCUCUGUGGAGCAGCCCACCAGAUCGCUCGCCCCGUCCUGCCACUCGGAGAGCUCAUCGGUAAUGGCGUUCUCCUCCCUCACCGUGUCGCACUGCAGCUCACUCACCCGUCGGAACUGGGUCGGGGAUAGGUCGCCGAGGUCCCCUGUCUUGCGGCCCUUGAGGAUGUCGACAAUGUGGGACUCGAAUAGGAUGCUCGACUCCGUGUAGACCAGGUGGAAGAGAGUGGUGGGCCUCCAGCCAGCAAUCCAGUGUAGGGAUCGCUCCAAGGAAGAGGCCCACGGUGCCAUGAACAUCAGCAGCACGUCACGCUCCGCGGCAGCUGACUUCACCUGUGGGUUUCCGCCAGGUUCACCAACAUAGAUGUUAAUGGACAAUUCAUUCCCUCCUUAGCUAUAAUACCGAGUGUAAUUAAGUGCAUACAUAGGUAUAAUAUACCUGCUGGUACAGUAGGGGAUGGAUGACAACAGAUCAUUGCAGCCGCAAGUCGGUUGCCCAAAAUGGGGGAAAACAGAGAGACAAAUGAGUGAUCAAAGGUAUUACAGAACUCAAUGAUCAUAUGCUAAUCAAAAUAC